AUGGCCAGAAGCAGCAGAUUGCACAGUCUUGUCCCAGCCUCCUUCCUGCUAGUCCUGCUCCUGGGAGGUGCCGUCCAGGCAGUGAAGAUCGUGGGCGGCCGGGAGGCACAGCCCCACUCCCGACCAUAUGUGGCGUCCCUGCAGCUCAGAGGGAUUCCAGGGAGCCAUUUCUGUGGUGGGACCCUGAUCCACCCAAGAUUCGUGCUAACAGCUGCCCACUGCCUGCAGGACAUACCCCCGCAUCUGGUGUCAGUGGUGCUGGGUGCCCACGACUUGCUGAGCCCGGAGCCGGAGCAGCAGAAGUUCAGCAUCAGUCGGGUUUUCCAGAACAACUACAACGCGGAGGAAACCCUCAACGAUGCCCUCACUAUGCCCCCCUUCCCGCAGCUGGGCCGGCCGGCCUCUCUCGGAGCCCAGGUGGCCUUGGCCCCGCUCCCCCAGCAGGACCAACGGCUGUCUCAGGGCGUCCAGUGCCUGGCCAUGGGCUGGGGCUCCCUGGGCACCCGAGCGCCCGAGCCGCGCGUGCUGCAGGAGCUCAACGUGACCGUGGUCACCUUCCUGUGCCGGCCGCACAACUUACGCAUGCUGGUACCGCGCCGCGCCGCCGGCAUCUGCUCUGGUGACUCGGGUGGCCCGUUGGUCUGUGACGGGGUCCUCCAAGGUGUAGACUCCUUCGUGAUCCGGGAAUGUGCCACUGGCCAGUUCCCCGACUUCUUUGCCCGGGUGUCCAUGUACGUGGACUGGAUUCACACGGUGCUGCUCAGCGCGGGGGACGAGGCCGGCCCGCAGCCGCCCUCUGCACCCCAGCCAGCCCAGCAUCCAAGCCACUAG